UUGAUAUUAGCUUGUUUUUAGCUUGUUUUCGGUUUUUAAGCUUGAAAUUAGCUUGUUUUUAGCUUGUUUUUUGCCCCGGGUCGGACCGGACCGUUAGUGGACUCCACUGGAUGUACUCGUGUCCCGGGUUAAAGGCGGAGAAUGCUGACCCGGGUCGGCCUGGUUCUGCUGUUCUGGUUCUGUCUGCGGUGCCGGGCUCAGCGCGAGGACUACGACAGGCGUCUGGAAACUGGAGACGUGACUCUCUCAGACCUCAGCCGGUCUGAUCCAAAGCCUCGCUGCACAAGACAAGGGAACAGGCAGGAGGUGUCCGAUGGUCUCUGUCGCUAUGGAAACAGCGUGGAGUGUUGCUGGGGCUGGAGACGGACGGAGCUGGGAAGCUGUCAACACAUCGAUGAGUGUGUGUCGGGCGGAGGUGUGUGUCCUCGCCGUAGGAAGUGUGUGAACACGUUUGGCAGCUUCCUGUGUAAAUGUCACCUCGGCUUCAAACUCACGUACAUCAACGGGCGCUACUCGUGCAUCGAUAAAGACCCUCGGCCGUUCUGCUCCCUGAACCCGUCCUCUCCAAAGUGCCGCUGUAAAGAUGGACGCUGUAAAGCUGUACUCAAAGUGACUCUGGAGCCACAGAGGCCGAGAACUAUAAGAACUACAACUCCCAACAUCAUCAUCACCACCACCUCCGCUGCUGCCGCUACUACGAAUCUUCUCACAACAACGAUAACGACAGCUCAGCCGAUCGCGACAACAGCUCUGGUUACUCCUGGGACCGCUGCAACCACGACAGCCUCUCCCGUACCGACUACAAGUAGAACUACAACUCCCACAAUACCUACGAGUACUUCGAGUACAAAACCGGCUACCACCGCUGCAAGUACGCCUGCUUCUACGCCUCUGCGUACAAUAACUGGACUGGAAACUACAAAUGAAAUGGAAACUACAAGUGGACUGGGGACUACAACUGGACUGGGAACUACAACUGGACUGGGGACUACAACUGGACUGGGGACUACAACUCCCACAAUACCUACGACUACUCCUUCAAGUACAAAACCUGCUACGACCGCUGCGAGUACGACUACUUCUACGCCUCUGCUUACUACAACUGAACUGGGAACUACAACUGGACUGGGAACUACAACUGCAUUGGGAACUACAACUCCCAUAAUACCUAUGACUACUUCUUCGAGGACAGCACCUACUGCUGCUUCUACUACUGUUACUUCUACUACUGUUUCGAGUACAACACCUGCGACUGUGAGUACUUCUACCUUGGGUACUUCAGCUUCUCCUACAGCGGAACCAACAACAACAACAAUAACAACGGUUACCGUGACGACGGCGUCCGCCCGCCCGCCAACGACGACGGUGGACAACCGGAUCGAUAAGGACGUGACGCAGAGACAGAGAGGAGACGUACACAUCCCCCGACAGCCCAGUCCCAACCAGGUGUGGGAGUUUGACAUCGAGCUGGGGAACACGGCCGAGGACGCCCGAGACGAUCCCGAGGCUGGUGUACUCCUCUGUACCUUUGACCAUGGCCUGUGUGACUGGAUGUCCGACAGAGAAGGAGAUCUUCACUGGGAAACAGCUCACAGACCCACAGGUAGGCAUUACCUUUCAGUCCCAGAGCUGAAGACGGGACAACGGAGCAUCCGCGGAGCUCGACUGGCCAUCCAAAUAGUCCCGCCCUGGAGCCACGGUGACCUGUGUUUCUCCUUCUCCCAUUGGCUGACGGGGUAUCACGUGGGCGUGCUGCAGCUGUUUGUGCGGGAAACGGGACGACACCAAAGGUACAGCUCCGCCCUCUGGAGCCGGGCUGGUGGACACGGAUGGAGACACACACAGGUUACCUUGGCAACGCACUCUCUGGACACGGUGUUGUUGAAGGCCGAGCGAAGGAAAGGCCGGCGAGGCCAGAUAGCCGUUGAUGAUGUCACACUGAGACGGGGCGCAUGUCGCUGACAGACUGAACUCAACGGUGACAGGAAAUCAUCUUCUGGGAUCUCUGUUAUCGUAAUAUUAUGAACAUCGCUGUAUUUCAUCAUGUUUCCAGAUGUUUUCCAUGUGUGUAAAUAUCUUUUCAAAGACCAGAUGAGUCCUUGGUCAGGGUACUGAAGUACUAUCCGUUUUUCGUUUCAAACCAAAAACAAAAUUAUGAGCUCCGUUUUCCCGUUUUUGUCCAUCCAAAUUAAAAAUUAACUGGAAAACUGUUUUUUUUUUUGUUGUUAUUCAUGUUUCUGUUUUAACCCAAGAGGGAGAAUACAGGGCUAAUUUUUAUAAUGUGCAAAAUCACUGAAAAUCUGAAAAAAGAUCAGAGUUGACUAAAACCAAUGCGCUCUGGACAGGAAGUAACAUUGACGUGUCAAAAUAAAAGUAUGAGAGCUAUAAUAACAUCGACCCGUUUUUUCGUUUCUGGUUUAAAACAAAAAGCGGAUUAUACUUUAGUACCCUGACCGUCCUUUUUGUCACUUAAAUCUGUUUAAGUAUGUGCAGUUUUCAUGUGAUUUUGUAUAUAUUAUAUAUAUAUUUUUCAUAAACACUGACAUGAUUAAC